AUGCGUCCCCGCUGUGUGCCCCGCCGCGCGCUGUCCGUGUCCGCCCCCGCCAGACACGACAACCCCCUCAUGCCCCGCAGAGGCGCCCCGCCCCCGCCGCGGCCCAUCCCCCACGUCGCCCGCGUCCUCGCCGUCGCCAGCGGCAAGGGCGGCGUCGGCAAGAGCACCGUCGCAGUGAACCUCGCCGUCGCGCUCGCCAUGCGCCGCACGCCCUCGGGCGCCCGCCCGCGCGUCGGCAUCCUCGACCUCGACAUCUUCGGGCCCUCCGUCCCCAUCCUCAUGGGCCUCGCCCGCGCAGACGAGCCCCUCCUCACCCAGAACGGCGCCCUCGUCCCCCUCACGAACCACGGCCUCCCGUGCAUGUCCAUGGGCUUCCUCCUCCCCCGUGCCCCCGACGCCGACUCCAGCGCGGACACCCCCGUCGUCUGGCGCGGCCUCAUGGUCCAGAAGGCCGUCCAGCAGCUCCUCUUCGACCUCGUCGCCGUCGACGGCGCACUCAUCGUGUCCACGCCGCAAGACGUCGCCCUCGCCGACGUCCGCAAGGGCGUCGCCAUGUUCCGCAAGCUCUCCGUCCCCAUCCUCGGCCUCCUCCUCAACCAAGCCUUCUACACCUGCCCCGCCUGCGCGGCGCCCCACCACCUCUACGGCCCGCCCGACGCCUUCCGCGCCGCCGCCGCCCGCCUCGGCGCCCCCGUCCUCGGCGAGCUCCCCGUCGCGCCCGCGGUCAGCGCCGGCGGCGACGCCGGCGUGCCGUACGUCCUCCUCGGCGAGCAGGACAGGGCGCGCGACGCCGCCGCGGGCGAGGGGUGGGACGCGAUCAUGGCGGGCGUCGCGGAGCGCGUGUGGGCGGCGCUCUCGACGAAAACAGACGGGAAUGGAGGUGGGAGGUGA